GUCACUGGCCUCAGCUGUUUAGGACUCCUUUGCCGAGAACUUUGUGAAUGGGAGACGUGUCCAAUUGAUACAACCUCCACACCAGAAUGGCCAUAAUGGGAGUUCAGCUGGUGGUCAGCUUGCUGGCUGCCAGCUUGAUGCAAAGGUUGGCUCCGCACCUCUCCGUUGCACGCUGGAUUCUGUGCAGUGGCAGCCUGUUUCGCUUCAAGCACCCUUCUGAAGAAGAGCUUUGUGCCUUGUCUGGAAAACAGAUGACCAAACCCAGCAAAAAAGACAGGAGACAGAAUGGCAACAGAGGAGAGCCAAAGCCUCUGACGGUGCCCCGGGACAUAGACCUGCAUCUGGAGAGCACGCCCGUCGGUGUCAUGGAUGCCCUAGUGCUGCGCUUCUUUGUGGAGUACCAGUGGCUUAUUGAUUUCGCUGUCUAUGCAACGGGCAUUUUUCUAUUCACGGAGGGAUACUACUUUGUUAUGGACGCCAGCACGGAGGUCAACAUCGGAGCCAUCUGGUGCGUGCUGACGGUGUUCUUCUGCCUGAGGUGUCUCCAUACUCUGAUGAGCCACUACUUCGGUACGGAGGAGGGAGGCGAGAGCUCCGUGUGCCUGGCGUUCGGCUUCCUGUCCCUACUGGUCGCCAUGCUGGUGCUGGUUGUCAGGGAGGACUUCCUGGAGUUCGGCCUGGAACCAGGUUUUCAGAGUCUCUAUGACAGUGUGGAAGUCUUCGCGAGAGCAAAUGGCUAUGAGUGGACAGUGCCCGUGACCAGGCUGGCGUCGAAGUUUGGCCUGGCCGCCGUCUGUGGCUUCAUCGGAGCUCUGCUGGCCUUCCCUGGCCUCCGAUUGGCCCAGACACACCUGGACGCCGUGGAGAUGAACAAGGACCGGCCCGUCGUCAAAGCCCUCCUGCACAUGGGCUUCCUCUCCCCUCUGCUGAUCAUCGUGUUGUGGGUUAAGCCAAUCGCCAGAGACUUCCUGGCCAACGCUCCAAUGGGAAAGACCACAGUCACACUGAUCCCCAGCUCGAUGUUCAACUCGGUGCGUCUGUGGGUGGUGGUGUGUUUGUGUGUGCUGCGUCUGCUCCUCACCCGCUACCACCUGCAGGCCUACCUCAACCUGGCGCCCAAGUGGGUGGAGCAGAUGAAGAGGGAGGCGGGACGCAUUGCAGCCAUCGACAUCCAGAGGAAGGUUACCAGGAUAUUCUGCUACUUGACGGUGGUCACUCUGCAGUACCUGGUCCCCAUCAUACUGAUUCUCUUCUCAACUCUUUCACUGAAGAUGCUGGGUGACUUCUCGUGGGGUUUCGUAGAAGAGCUACCGGGCGUGACCCCGGCGCCUGUCCUCCCCACGGCCGCCCCCUCGCCCUCCAUCGUGGGCCUGGAGGGGGGCGGCGGCGAGGAGGAGGAGGAGGACCUAGAGGUGGAGGUGCAGGCCACGGUGGCGCACGUCUUCGAGGUCUUCCACGGCCUGCGCGCCCUCCUCACGCCGCUCUUCUUCCGCGGCUUCUUCGCCUUCCUCACCUGGUGGGUUGCGGCCUGCCAGGUCAUCAGCAGCCUGUUCGGCAUCUACUUCCACCAGUACCUCAUGCACAGCUAGUUCCUGUCUCUGUGGAGGGGGCGAUGCACUGUAUAAUGUUCAUUAUUAUGUCUGUCAAAUCAUGUCUUCAGUUUUUCGUUUGUUUCAGACAUAAAGUUAAAGUUUUAUUCUUUAUCUGACAUAUUUUGACAUGUCAAGUAAAGGAUCAGACUUUUUACAUUACUUGAAACAAAAGAAAAACUUCAGACUUGAUGGU